CGAGCGCUCCCGCCCGUACGACCUGUCGCAUCUACGAACUUCCGAUUACUACAUCUUCGGAAUUUCUGACGUCACAUUUCUGCAGAUACGAAUUCGUUCUUAUUGUUGCUUCUAUCACAAUAGUUGUGCGUAACUCCGCUUCUGACGGCAGGAAGUUAUUGAAACGAUUGUAAACAGUUUCCAUUCGCGAAACGAGGUGACGAAACUUCUGUUUGGACAUUAUUUUGGGACUGAAACUGAAACCCUUGUUUGAGGGAGUGUUGUGUAAUUGGAAAGGACAGUGUAGCUAAGUUAGUUAAGUGAUUCUAGUUCCAGCGUCUUUUAUUAGUUUGCGAAGAACAGGUUGGUAGCUGAGUAGCACUUAAAGUAGCGUUAAAGGCUCGAACAAAGCGAGUAGGACUAGUUUCAUUGGAGAAGCAUACAAAAGCCGGCAAGCUGUAUUCCUUCGAGAGUUUCAAGGUUUACGAGUACGAUGAAGAUCGAACGUACAAUGGCCACGACGAUGACUUUGGAACUUCCAAAAGAAGCGUGACAAUGAGAGAAAAAAGGGGUGGCGCGCUAAGCAAAAUGCAAAAGCUUAGAAAACGCCUGUCCCUUAGCUUCGGUAGAUUAUCAACAAAAGACGAGCCAGACGGCGAUAGUAGUGAAUGCCGCGGGCGGCAAAACGGCGGAGGCAGAGACUCGUCGCUGCACUACAACGGCUACUCGGAGGAGUGCCUGGACCGGCUCGAGCCCAACGGGAAUAUACCGCACGAUAAAGACUCACAUUACGAUUGGAGCGGUGGCGGAAAUGGAGAGUACCGGGUCAGAAGACAGCUGUCAGUGUCUUCGGACUCCAAGCUCCUUGACGAGAGCGCGCGGGAAGACGCGCGCGUGGUGAUGAGACCUAAGCGGCCGCCGCGGCCCAAGUCGGAGGCCUUCCUCGGGCCGCACGACAAUUCGAACCGCCGCACGAAACGGUUUAGUGCCUUUGGAGGUGAUUCUCCGUUCGGGAAAUCCGAAGCUUACAUUAAACUGGAGCAGCUCGGAGAAGGCUCCUACGCCACGGUCUAUAAAGGGUAUAGCAAUUUAACGCAGCAGGUGGUAGCGCUAAAAGAGAUCAGACUACAAGAAGAAGAAGGUGCGCCAUUCACAGCUAUCAGAGAAGCGUCGCUACUUAAGGAGUUGAAACACGCCAACAUUGUCACAUUGCACGACAUUGUGCACACGAGGGAGACACUUACAUUUGUGUUCGAGUUUGUGGACACGGACCUAUCGCAAUACAUGGAAAGGCAUCCUGGAGGGCUCAACCAUCACAAUGUCAGACUGUUUAUGUUUCAACUCCUAAGGGGGCUGUCUUAUUGCCAUCGAAGAAGAGUGUUACACAGAGACGUGAAGCCUCAGAACCUCUUAAUAAGCUCCCACGGCGAGCUGAAGCUGGCCGACUUCGGUCUGGCAAGGGCCAAAUCCGUCCCCAGCCACACCUAUUCACAUGAAGUUGUCACACUUUGGUAUAGACCUCCGGACGUACUCCUGGGCAGUACUGAGUAUUCAACGUCCCUGGACAUGUGGGGCGUAGGGUGCAUCUUCGUGGAGAUGCUGUGCGGUGUGCCCACCUUCCCUGGAGUAAGGGACACGCACGACCAGCUCGACAAAAUUUUCAAGGUUGUAGGCACACCGACAGAAGAAAGCUGGUCAGGGGUCAGUCGUCUUCCAGGUCUUCGUACUCACGUAUCACGAUGGGGCACAUGCCCAGCGCGGCCGUUGGGGGCAGCCUUCCCCCGGAUGAGGGACGCCGGUCGCGAGGCUGAGAGGCUGGCAGCGGCUUUGCUGCAGCCGGAUCCCAGCAGACGUCUGGCCGCUCACAGAGCGCUGCAUCAUGCGUACUUCGCGUCCUUACCACCGCGGCUUAGAGAACUGCCUGAUGAAGUGUCAAUCUUCACAGUGGAAGGCGUCAGUUUGCACCCGGAGACGCGGCACGUCAUGAAGUGAGCGUCGUGCGUUUGCGUCAAACCUUAGUCGAAUCUGUUGCGAGUUCGUUUCUCUUACGUGUUCGCCUUCGCCGGUGAUAACUAUUAAGACCUUACGCGUCUGCCUUAGUUAGUACGUUUCAAUUCCUAUAGUUUUAAUGAACAGUCGAAAUCUGGUUAACUCAUGUUCGGUGGACCAAAAUUUCGUGAUAGUUCUCGCAUCUAGUUUAAACGCAACGGGCAUCGAAUGCCGGCGACAGUAUUUGUUACAUUUGAUUGGUUGAUUGGUCACUCCUUACAUAUGUUACUUGUCCAUCCGUCGAACGCCUCGACAUGUAUUAGCGCUUGUAAGCUUCUGAUUAUAUCCAUCCAUAUAAUUCAAUUAUUCUAUGGUGACAAGGUAAACCGAUAGGUACCGAGUUUACGAAUUAAAAAUAUAAUUAUAGAAACAGAGCAGUGUGCCAUGUAAAUCUAUAAUCGAGAAGAAUAUGACGUGUUAUUUUAAAAGAUUUUUAUGCUGGAUAUAAAAUGCUCAUAAUUUGGUAAAAAUUUUGAAGAUGUUUAUUUAUAUUUACUAAGGGAUAAUUGUCGAUGAAUUCUAAUGCAGUCUUAUGAAAGAUUUAGCACGAGCCCCUACGACGAGUAUUUCGCAAUGAACUUACGACAAGUGAGAAGUGUUAAAAUCGAUCAAAGCAAUUAACUUUGCGAGAGUAACUCGUACUAGGGGACCUUACUUAAUUGCGUUCUUUGAAUCUUAUGCACACAUUCCUUCCACAGUGCUCAAAUAGUAAGGUUAGGGUGGCGAGGAGUGUAACCUCACAUUACGUACUGUAUCUCUCUGCACGCUUGCAUUAGCUUCCAUCGCUUUGCACCAACUAUCCUGCCCGCUGGCAACCACUUCGUAGCGAGCGAUGGACUGCAUCCAGUGAUACGACGAGAAUUGAUCGGAGAUACUAUUACCAAAAUUAUUUAAUAUCACGACAGAUCUCAAAUUUAUGAAGUGCGGGACCGUCCUAUUGUAAAUUGUAACGUGAUAGGAAAAUUCGAUUUAUAAAGAUGUUUACGGAAAAAUUGAUUAAUCAUUUUCUUUUUAAGGAAACUUUAGAGUAGAUGGGUCUCUGUCUAGCCUAAAAACUAGUGAAUUUAACCAGUUUAGUCAAAUUUUAGUGGUCCCUCACAAUAUAAGGUUACGAUUGCCGUGUAAUUUAGCGGACCGGCGCAUUGGCAACUUGAAAGUACGUAAAUAAGAAACCGAAUGCGAUCUUGCUCUCGUCUUGUCUAGUUUAUAUACUUCAAUAAAGUCUGUGAUUUGAAAAUAGUUCUACGAAACAUAAACACCAAUUUGUGCCAACGAUUUAAUAAUGCUUGAUAAUAUUCGCUGAUUCUAAAACAAGACGAUAAUGGGAUCUCAUUUAUUGGUCGUUUUACAUCGCUUAAGAUGUCUCGAUGCUAAAUCUAGUCGAUAGCAUCCGGGACCAUCUCUUCGGCGUGAAGGUAAAACGACCUGUGUCGAAUAGCAAUAAAGUCGUAGUUCGCGUACAUUUUUCGAUAGCUUUACAAUGUUGGCGCACUAGGAACAGUUCCGCGUUAAUGGUAUUUACCAUAACUAUCUCGUAAUAAGCCUUGGAGCUGCGUUUACCGUUAUUGUUCUUUACAGCCGCUAAGAAAACAUUUUUCAAAAUAAAAUAAAAACUCACUUUCAAUUAUGGUUAAAUAAUUACGAUUAAUAAUAAGCUAAUUGAGCAAUAACUAGAAAUGUGUCAUCUGGAAGUAACGAAACGCACUUGACGCACUGCCAGUACACUGAGAAAUAGAUAAGUGUAAUUUAGUGUCGAGUUGUCAGUGUGCGCGGAGCCUAGUGAGCGUAGAACAUUAGUGUAGUGCAUACCGUGCCUAAAAGUUGUACUAAAUGGAGUUAGAAUAUUUUUUUAUACUGUUUAUUGUGUACAAUAUCUAGUUUACCAAUCAUACUAAUUUUCAGGAAGAAAUUCAGCUUAACGCAUCAAUAUUCAAGUCCGUACAGUGCGUAAUCAAGUGUAAAGAAAUGAAUAUCGAUGCCUUACGGUCUUACACGUAUCUUACAAAGAGUGAUUAUUCAAGAGAUGGCAAACCUUUCUAUUUAUUUUAAAUUUCUUAUCAAGGGUGUUAAUUUGGAUGCAUUAUUUUAAGAAUAGGUAAAAGCCAGUGUGUGAAUAUGAAAGGAAUGUGAUGUGAAAUCAGCCUGCAAAAUUUGUAUAUACAAUACAUUUUCCGCAUUUCAAUUUCAAUUUUAAGAUACGAGAUUGAGAAAGUAAGGCGACGAUAUUAGAACAUGAGAUGUGGCAAACACACAUGUCCAUAAUAUUAAUAAUAAUAUCGACACCGAAGAGUAACCGGUUAUCUGCAAAAUCACGAUUUUAUAGUAGAUCGUUUAGAUUAGCUAAAAUUUUGAGCAAUGAGGCAAUAUAAAAAGCUGAUAUCUGAAGGGUAUUCAGAAUAUAUUUAUUAUUCUCUCAAGUCUUUACUUCCAAAACGCUCUCCUGUAAAAUUGUGAUUUUUCAGAUAACCUACCUUUGUUGUCGUAACGUAACUUACACUUAUGGUGGAAAAAAUAUACAUUGUUCGAUUUACAAUUUCAUGUUCUAUAUGAUGAUCACUAAUUACAGGUCUUUUAAAACGGUGUGAUUUCCUUUUCUCUAUAUUUCGGAACGGUUACACGCUCCAUGGUCACGGGUCGACUAGUGCACCUACUACACCGUGGUAAGAAACCUGUAAUUAGUGAUAAUAAUUUAGUAAAUAACCACGAAAGUUUUGAAAGUCCUAAUCACGUUCUAUGUCGUUAUGUAAAUAAUUAAGUUUUUGAAAUAUUUUGUUAUAAUGCGCAAUUACGCCUGUUCCAACUUCCUUAAUGCUGUUUGAAUGUUCAAAUAAAACUCUGUGUAGGGAGCGCGCUUUCGUGGUGACUGGUUUCUUCUGUCGCGUCUAGCUGUUCCCACUAGAUCGUAGGAACAGCAAAACGAUAAUUUAUGGGUUCACGGCAGCCGCCUUGUGGUUUGCACGACAGAAUCGUUUGAAACUGCGAUUAUCUGUCGUCACAUUUUUAUCGUGACGUUUUAUUUAUCGUCGGACGACUGUCGUUGUAGCUGUU